AUGAUUAGAAAGGAUAUUCAGUUUUUAUUAUUGAUAAUCCAACUAGUUGAUGGAUUUAGGAGAUUCAGGAGUGAUUUUGAUACCACUGGCUACGCGGUUGAAUGUCGAGGAGCACAUGCACAUGCACCUGGAAUGCAUCCUCAUCCUUGUGUUUACUAUUCUUCUAUUUGUAACUCAGUCACCGAGCCUUAAAUGAUCAUAUAUAAUGGAAAUGAAAGGCUAUGCCAUCCAAGACUUCAAGUAUAUCCUGCAGGGAUUGAUUCUAAUGUUCCUAAAGUAAGAAUCUGUUUGGAAAAAUCUUUAAUUUACAAUUUUUCAGAGGAUACUGAUUUAGAGAUUUCAUGUGAAUUUGUCUCUGACUAAUGUUAAAUAGCUUAAAGGUCUGGUGACAAACUUAAAUGCUAAUAUUGCUCAUAAAAUAAUUAUGGUGAAAAUUGUUAGCCAAGCGAUAGUAUUGUUUUAGGUUGUGGAACUUAUUGUGAAAGUUGUGUAUCGAACUAUUGUGGAACAUGUAAGGAAGGGUAUUCUCCCGCUAGCAGUACAGAUUUAAAAUGUCGUUUAAACUGCUAACCAAAUCAUUCGAGCUGUUCUAAUGAAAAUGGAGUAUACUCAUUUUAUGGGUGUCGAAAAGGCUACGAGCUGGUUGGUAAUUAAUGCGUAGCAUGCCCGUUAAAUUGUACUUAAUGCGUUACAGGUGUUUGCACGGCAUGUAAAUCUCAGUAUUCUUUAAAAGACGGUUAAUGCUUUGGAGAUAUAAAUUGCAUUAGAUUUGAUUAUAAUUAUGAUCCCAAUACUGGAUUAGCUGUUGGGAUAACUUGUUAAUAAUGCGACUUCAGAUAUUUUUAUAAUCCAAAUCAGCAAAAAUGCACUCUCUGUAAUGAGCAGCCUGAUUUGAAAGACUGUUUGAUUUGUUUUAAUGCGACAGAAUGCAAGAUUUGCCAGGGAACACACGUAAUAACUGCUGAUAAGAAAUGCACACCAUUU